ACUAGAAGUGGAACUACUCCUGCAAUACCUAGUGUAGGUGGUGGUGUUGGGUUCAGGCAAGAGCGGAGUACUAGUGCGAACGGCAGCAAGAAAUCGGCACAGCUUCUCCAGAGCAUCAACUGCUUUGGCCUUGAAUUGGCCAUGCAGGAAGAAGGAGCAUUCCACAAAGCUGACUCUCGCUCUUCACGCCCAUCUCCUCUUGCAGUUUCACUUGCAAGAAAGGUGGGAGCUGAAUUCAUAGGCCCUCUACUUCUCAUAUUUUUGGCGGCAGCCAUAGCCAUUAUGAACCCAAACACAAGAGAGCCCACCCCCCUCACCGUCGUCGCCGUCGCCACUGGCCUUGUCGUCAUGAUAAUCAUCUUCUCGACCGGCCACAUAUCCGGAGCCCAUCUUAACCCUGCAGUCACCAUCGCCUUCGCUGCCCUAAAGCACUUCCCAUGGAAACACGUGCCAGUAUACAUCGGAGCACAGGUGUCGGCAUCUCUCUGCGCUUCAUUCGCAUUGAAGGGCGUUUUCCAUCCCGUAACCGGAUCAGGAGGUGUCACAGUUCCUUCAGUGGCUUAUGGCCAAGCUUUUGCUUUGGAGUUCAUUGUCACCUUUGUUCUAAUGUUUGUCACUACUGCCGUCGCCACCGACACAAGAGCGGUUGGAGAGUUGGCGGGAAUCGUUGUUGGAGCAACUGUGAUGCUCAACAAUUUUGUUGCAGGAACGGGAGCUUCAAUGAACCCUGUGAGGACUCUAGGGCCAGCUGUGGCUGCAAACAACUUUAAAGCGAUAUGGAUAUAUCUCACUGCUCCGAUCCUCGGAGCACUUUGCGGGGCGGCAGCUUACACCGCCGUCAAGCUUCCAGAGGAAGACGGUGACAAUGAGGAUAAGCCGUCAAGGACGAGAAGCUUCUGAAGUACUUUAGAACUUAUGAAA